AUGUUUUUUUUAGAAAAACUCUCAACAACAAAUUCUUGUUGUGGUCCCUUGGCAUUUAUUUUAUUGCUGCCUAUUGUGUCCUCAAGAGCACAAUUAGCCUCUGACCCACAAACAUAUCAACCAAGAUAUAAUCCACAAUAUACAAACGCACAGCAGAACACCCUAUCUGGUACAACUCAGUAUGAAAAUCCGCUGCUGACAUCAUUGCAAGAUCAAAAUCAAUUGGGUGGGAACACCAAUUCUAAUAAUUACUAUGAAUCAAAUCGUCAACUGAGCUCGAAUAAAUUGGGUGGUUCAACGAAUUACGAUCCCUUCAAUCGUAAUCCUGGAUCGAACACUGGAUACACAGGAAUAGGAUAUGUUGAUUCUUACAGUGAUGAGGAUAACUUCUGUCCUGAGCACUGGAUAUCAUUCCGCCAAACAUGCUACAGAUUUAUUCGCUCUCCAAAACGGAAUUGGAUGGAGGCAAAGAAGAUUUGUAAAGCCUACAACGCCGAACUAAUAAAUGUAGACAAUAUUGAAAAACAUGCGUUCGUUUUAAAACAACUUAUACUUCAAAAUCAAAGGCAGAAUAGGUUUUGGACUUCGGCGCGCCAGGUUGGUCCCAACAGUUGGGUUAAUGACGAUAACUCCCCCUUUCUCAUGGUGGAAGAUGCUUUCUCAUUCGACGAAGAUGAAGCCAUUGAAAAUGAGGACCUACACGACAAUCGUUUCCUAGUACAACGUAAUUACAAUAAUGAUUUCAAUCGCAAUCCAAAUGAGUAUUUCAACACUAUUGGUGGGUCUGCAAAUAGAAAUCAAAACAGAGGAUUUGGUGGUCAGUUUGGAGACAAUGGCUUUAUACGAGACCGACUAGUUUACGGGUAUUCAAAACUCAAGGACAAAUGGAUGUUUAUGCCUACUUACGACAUUAAAUUAAAUUUGUUCAUUUGUGAGUCAACACUAUUGCACAAUCCGGAGAACAUCAAUUUGAAGACCGACGAAAAACGACCAUUUCACUAUGGCAUGGACAUACGAGAUGCCGAGAAAAUUCCUCGUGGCCCAUUCUUUGUGAAACAACCAAAUGAUACAACGUUCGAUACGAGUAAAAAUCGUCUAAUUAAUGAUGUUACACUAAGUUGUCUCGCUGGCGGGUAUCCUACGCCAACGUACAGUUGGUAUCGUGAGGUCUACGUUAAUGAUACACUUGAAUAUAAGAAAAUAGAUCCAUUACAAGACGAUCGCUACACGGUGUCUGGCGGUAAUUUGAUUAUCUAUGAUCCCAAGCAAGCUCUGGAUCAAGGUGCUUAUCACUGUGUGGCAGAGAAUAAAUUCGGUCGUAUUCGUUCUGAAAGUGCUCAUUUAAAUUUCGGCUUUAUAAUGGAAUUUAAUUUAAAGCGGUCUGCAGAAACUGGAGAUAUGAAUUGGGGCAAAUCAAUUUUCUGUGAUCCCCCUCAGCAUUAUCCGGAAGUAAAGUAUUAUUGGUCUCGAGACAAAUUUCCGAAUUUUGUUGAUGAAGAUCAUCGCGUUUUUGUUUCCAAUGAUGGUGCAUUGUAUUUCUCAUCGAUUGAAAUUGUGGAUAGGGCGAAUUAUUCGUGCACAGUUCAAACUGUUGUUUCGGACACUGGACGAAAUGGGCCUUUCUUCCCAUUACGAGUUAAGCCCAAUAGUAACUACCAGGCGUUGAUAUUUGCAAAUUCAUUCCCAAAGGUGUUCCCUGAAGCCCCAAUUGCUGGCGAUGAAAUUCGAUUGGAAUGUAUGGCAUUUGGUUACCCUAUACCAUCCUAUAAUUGGACAAGACGUGGACAACCAUUACAGCGAAAUGCAUACACAACGAACUACAAUCGUGUAUUAAUCAUUCAAAAUGCAACAACAAAUGAUAAUGGUGAAUAUACUUGUACCAUUACAAAUCCGCGGAAGUCAUUGGAGAAGUCGGUAUUUAUUAACAUUCAGAUGAAACCUCAAUUUACGAUACCGUUGAAAGACAAAGUGAAGGACUAUAACAGUGAUGUUACCUUUAUCUGUGAGGCAUUUGCUAUACCAGACGUAAACUACACUUGGUAUAAGAAUGCCGAAUAUUUAGAUCCGCAAAAGAUCGAUAAAGACCGUUACGUCAUACAAGACAAUGUUUUAACAAUAAAAUAUCUUGAACCAGAUCGUGACGAUGGCAUGUAUCAAUGCGGUGCUGCUAAUCAACUCAAAACAGCCUAUUCCUCUGCACAGUUGCGCGUCCUUACAAUGAAACCUUCGUUUAAGAAAAGACCACUUGAGUCAGAGAUUUAUGCUGUCUAUAAUGGUAACACAACGAUUGAGUGUGAUCCGGAAGCAGCUCCUCGACCAAAAAUUCAGUGGAAAAAGGAUGAACAAGUUAUAGGUGCCGGUGGUCACCGUCGCAUUCUUCCCAGUGGAACCUUAAUAAUUUCACCAACAUCGAGGGACGACGAAGGUGUAUAUAGCUGUGUAGCUUCAAAUCUAGCUGGAUCCGAUGAGUCCCGUGCUCGUCUGAUUGUACUGCAAGAGCUUAGAUUCGUUCAAACUCCUCCUCCAAGAAUUACCACCCAAGUCCACGACUUGAUUUAUAUACAAUGUGAAGCUACGUACGAUGAACUAUUGGAUGUGGCCUAUAUCUGGAAACGCAAUGGUGAAGUUCUGCGCAAUAAUCACGAUGGCACUGAACGAAUUAUAAUCGACUACAAUCGGUUGACAGUGCACAAUGUUACUAUGCUGGAUGGUGGCGAUUAUGAAUGUGUCGUAAAGUCUUCCGUAAAUGAGAUUACAGCCAAAACACAUGUUGUUAUCGAAGGCGCUCCCAGUGCACCGGGUGGAGUACAAGUUAUUGAAAUUGGCAAGACAAAGGCACUGAUAGAAUGGGUGGAUGGUGGAAGCAAUGGACGCCCAAUCCGAUACUAUAACAUUCUGGGACGAACUAAUUGGAAUCGGACGUGGGUAAAUGUGUCAACACAUGUGCAGGCGCGUGAAGUUGAUCGCUACACCAACAGACAACAGGCUGAGGUAACCAACUUGACUCCUUGGUCAUCAUAUGAGUUUAGCGUUGCCGCAGUAAAUGACCUAGGAAUUGGUAUGCCGUCAGCACCAUCACCCAUAUACAGCACCCAUGAGGAUAAGCCAUAUAUAGCACCCCGCAAUGUUGGUGGUGGUGGCGGUAAAAUUGGCGACCUAACCAUUACUUGGGAUCCCCUACUGCCCGAAGAACAACACAGUCGCGGUAUACAUUACAAAGUAUUUUGGCGCUUGAAAGGUAAAUUUGAAUGGGCUUCUGAGAUUAUAGACCGACACGAUCACAUUGGCAUGGCUGUGGUAAACAUUCCGCUUAAUAACUACUACACCGAGUAUGAGGUAAAAGUACAAGCCAUUAAUGAUGUUGGAAAAGGCCCAGAAAGUGAACCGGUUACAAUUUACUCGGCCGAGGAUAUGCCACAAGUGGCACCACAAAAGCCAAUAGCUAUUGCUUUCAAUUCCACAGCAUUUAAUGUUACAUGGGAGCCAAUUGAGAUGACACGCGAAAAUAUUAGAGGAAAACUAAUUGGACACAGGAUUAAAUAUUGGAAGACCACACAUCAAGAAGAAGAUGCUGUUUACUAUUUGUCACGCACUAUUAGGAAUUGGGCUUUAAUCGUCGGUCUUCAACCGGACACAUACUAUUUCGUGAAGGUAAUGGCUUACAAUGCUGCUGGCGAAGGUCCUGAGAGUGAACGCUUCGAAGAGCGUACGUACAGAAAGGCUCCACAGAAACCACCAUCAUCGGUACAUGUGUACGGCAUAAAUCCAUCCACCGUAAGAGUGGUGUGGCGUUAUGUGUCCCCCGCUCAGGAUGAAGAACCAAUAGAAGGCUUUAAGGUUCGUGUAUGGGAAAGCGAUCAAAAUAUGAUCACAGCAAAUGACACAAUUAUACCGGUCGGACAAAAGCUUGAGGCGUACAUUAACAAUCUGACACCGGGAAAGAGCUACAAUAUGCGCGUUUUAGCCUACAGCAAUGGCGGCGAUGGUCGAAUGUCUAGUCCAACACUACGCUUUCAAAUGGGAAAAACAACGCGAAACCAUGCGAACCGACGCUACAAUUUCAACUUGAAUACUUUGUUAAUUGUCACAUUUUUAACAUUUAUAUCAACAUCUCUAUUUAAUAACUAACGAUAUUUUU